AUGAUCGACUCGGUGAUAAAGAGCGGUCUCAUUGCUGGGUUGAAGGAGCAGGGCUGGAACAUGUGUCACUGCAUUGGAGAAACGGACAUCCAUAUCGGUCGCAAGGCGAAGCAACAUCCUGGUCAGGUCAUGGUUGCCUUGAUUAACUCAGAUAUCCUCGUUCACAGAAAGGACUCCUAUAACCGCACCUCCACAUCGUACGAGGUGGAAGACGUGGUUCAGAAGCUGGAAGUCAACGAACCCCAGUGUAUUGUCGCCAACAUCACUACGAACAACGACUAUACGGCUCAUGUGCCAGGCCAAUCGUUCGCAAAGUGCUGUGCGGAUGUGAUUCGGAUCGAUGAGUGCAUGGGUGCUGAGGCAGCCAUAGCCAUCGGUGGAUCCUUGAUGAGCGAGGAGGCCGACCAGGAUGACACGAGCAAGGACAAGGGCAAAGAGCUUACCGCAUAA